AUUAUCAUAUGCGUCCCAGACGUCGCAAGAAAAUGAUCCGUCUCGAGACUCAGUAUUUUAAUCUGAAUAGGAUUCUUCUGCUCGCUGUUGGCCUAUGGCCCUAUCAACAAUCGAACUUCACUCGUCUUCAAUUUAUUUUUUUGUCUACUAUUUUAACUACAAGUCUUAUAUUUCAGUGUACACCAUUUAUUUCACAAAAAUGUACUCCGGAUUUAGUUGUCAAAGUUUUAUCUUCCGCAUCUAUCUUCGCUUUCAUUGUGAUAAUAUAUAAUAUGUUUUGUGUCAAUAUCGAAGCUAUGAAAGAUUUACUGGAGCAGCUACAGCAUAUAUAUAAUGAGGUGAAAGACAAAAAUGAAUUUGCUAUCAUAAACGCAUAUGGAUACAGUGCCAAACGAUGUACCGCUGCAUUUACGAUACUAGGCGUUUGCAGCAUAUUCGCUAUUAUAGUCGCUAUAUUUUGGUCGAAUAUCUGCUCUAAUAUGUUAUCGAAAAACGUAACUCAAUCACGCCGCCUGCCGAUUAUGAUGGAAUACUUUAUCGAUCAAGACAAAUAUUUUUAUUUGAUUCUGAUUCACAUCUGUGUAGCGGCAUGCAUCGGAACAAUUGUAAUGGUAGCAAUAGGAGCAAUGCUUAUUGCGUAUUUUCAAUAUACAUGUGGUAUGUUUAAAAUUUCCAGUCAUCGUAUUAAACAUGCAAUAUCUAUCAAUACAUUAGGAAAUAUUCAAUCAAAAAAAAUAAUUUUAAUACUUAAAGGAAUAAUUAGUGCCGUAAAUAUUCAUCGGCAAGCUAUAAAAUUAUCCGAACUUUUGGUAUCCAAAAUUGAGAAAAUGUUAUUCUGUUUAAUAAUAGUCGGAGUGGUCUGUUUGAGUCUUAAUCUCUUUCGAAUUGCAUCACAUGGAGAUGAUACCAAGGAAAUUUUAUUUCCCUUUAUAUUUACAACUAUUAGUAUUUUAUAUAUGUUUGUAGCCAAUUAUAUUGCGCAGGAUAUAACAGAUCACAAUGGUGACCUCUUUGCUACCGUGUAUGACGUUCAAUGGCAUUUAGCUCCGUUACAUAUACAGAAACUGAUACUAUUUCUGCUGCAAAAAGGAACCAAAGAAUUUACUAUAAAUAUCGAUGGACUAUUUGUCGGAUCGUUGGAAUGUUUCGCAACGCUGGUAAAAACUUCGGUUUCUUACUUUACUGUCAUGUAUUCAACGCAAUAA